AUGGAAUUCUCUGAGACUGAUGAGCAUGGUCAUGGUACCCACAUUGCAGCCAUCAUUGGAGGCAGGACAUAUGGCGUCGCCAAGCUUGUAACUAUCGUCAGUAUCAAGGCUUUCAACACCAGAGGCAAAGGAUCGAGCGAUAACGUCAUUAAGGCCCUCGAGUGGGUCGCUCAGGAAGCUGUGGGUGGACGUAGUGUGGUCAACAUGUCCUUCAGGUGUCCUAGAAACAAGAGCAUCGAUAAGUUGGUUACGGAUCUCUUCAACAACAACAUCCUCUCAAUUGUCGCCGCUGGGAACGAUCGCAAUCAGAACAUCAGCUACGCCUCUCCAUCGGGUGCGCCAUCUGCCUAUACGGUCGCCGCCAUUGAUGACAUGAAUUCCUUUUUUGUGAACAACUCGAGGGGAGCAGGAAUCAGAGUUUAUGCUCCCGGAGUUCGAAUCGCAUCUGCCGGGAUCAGACAACAGAAUGUGCAUGUAGCUUCAGGAACCUCUAUGGCCGCUGCCCACGUUACCGGUGUUGCCGCCCUGUAUCUAAGCACCAACGCGGGUCCGAUGACCUCCCAACAACUCAUUCAAAUGCUUAAUGCAAAUGCCACCCAGAUCCCAGGUAUCUCUCGGGGCAUCAUCUUCAAUCGAUAA